GCAGGCUGCGGAGGAUGUCGACCCCGCUGCGGGGACAAACUCCGGGCGGGAUGCUUCACGCCAGUCGCCUCUUCUUCGCAGUAAAUCGCACCUCGCCCCCUCGGCACCCAUGAAGCCUCCGCUGGUGAAGCCCAGACCUGCCAGAGUCAGGCGGAAAGAGGCCGGAGACAGAGAGAAUGUACUGGCGCGUCGGGUUCGCCUGGACGCGGUCGUGUGUGGUUGAUCUUGGCCGGAACCAGAGCUUCUCUUUCGGCCUGCUGGGCUCCGAUGAGCAGCUCUCGUUUUAUGGGUACAUCAUCGCCUACCCACUGCAGGACUACGGCGGGAUCAUGUCAGCUUUGGGCUCGGACUCGUGGUGGCGGAAAACGCUGUAUUUGACUGGCGGGGCUCUGCUCGCUGCUGCUGCUUAUCUGCUGCACGAACUGCUCGCCAUCAGGAAGGAGGAAGAGCUGGACUCUAAAGAUGCCAUCAUACUCCACCAGUUCUCCAGGCCCAAGACUGGCGCCCCAUCCCUGUCCCCUUUCUGCCUCAAGAUGGAGACCUACCUCCGCAUGGUUGACCUGCCCUACCAGAACUACUUUGAUGGGAAGCUUUCACCCCAGGGGAAGAUGCCAUGGAUUGAGUACAACAGGGAGCAGGUGUGCGGCACCGAAUUCAUUAUCGAUUUCCUGGAGGAGAGGCUGGGCGUGAGCCUCAACAAGAGCCUGACGCCACAGGAGAGGGCUGUGUCGCGCGCCAUCACUAAAAUGGUGGAGGAGCACUUCUACUGGACCAUUGCUUACUGUCAGUGGGUGGACAACCUGGAGGAGACCCAGAAGAUGCUGUCAGUGAGCGGGCCGCUGAGUGACCUACUCAAGUGGAUCCUGAGUCACCUGACCGGCGGGAUUGUUAAGCGGGAGAUGUACGGCCACGGGAUUGGACGGUUCUCCAAGGAGGAAGUGUACGCUUUGAUGGAGAAGGACAUGCGCACUCUGGCCACUCUGCUAGGUGAUAAGAAGUACCUAAUGGGCUCCAAGCUUUCCACGGUUGAUGCUGCCGUGUUCAGUCACCUGGCCCCUGCCAUGUGGACGCUACCAGGCACACGGCCUGAGCAGCUUAUCAAAGGUGAGCUGAUCAACCUGGCCAUGUACUGUGAGCGCAUCCGCCGGCGAUUCUGGCCCGAGUGGUUCGUGGACCUGGAGGACUUCUGCUACGACACCACAGAGGACAGCGACUCGGCCUCCAAACUCCCUGACCUGGGGCUCUACUCCCGCACAGACACUUUCCAGGAUGACACACACACACACACUCCGCAUACUCACACGCCGGUGGACCCGCAGUCGCCUGACAGCGAUCGUACAGGCCACUCGCUUUACGACUCUGACAUGGACACGGAGGGCUCUGAAAUGGAGCAGCUCAAGUGUUGACAGAACACUCAUACACACACAGCACACACACGUACACACACCACAAGUGGGAGUUGCAUCUCACCUGAACACAUACCCCCUACCUCUUAGAGCAGAAAAUAUCUACUGGGGAGUGUUUUUGGUGUCUUUUGGUGGCUUGUGAGAACUCAGUGAAGGACUCAGAGGUUUUACGUGCACAAUGUAGUGGAGGAACUGGCAGAUCCCAGUGGAAAGAGAGAGACUGAAACUUAAACAGAGAGGGAACAAGUGAUGAAGGGAGAGACAGCGGCGCAAAAGAGAGGAAUAUAAUAAAAAAUAGUGCGGCAGCAAAUAAGUCGCAGCAGAGGAAGAGAGAACAGAGAGGAACUGAUUGAACGUGAGAAGCAGAACUAGAGAAACCAGGAGUAAAUGACGCCAUCGCCGAGAAACUCCUCCGCGUGGUCGACAUCAUCUGCAGUCACAGCUGCUACCUGUCGUCGGGUUGCCAUCGCCGUGGCAACCAUGUGCGUGUAACCCCCCUGUGUCCCCCAUAGCACCACCCAAACUUGUAUGUGUGUGUGUUUGUUUUGACUCACUGACCCCUUGACUUAGCAACAUAGGAUGCCUUGUGUUGAUAUGAUAUUGACAUGUGGGGAAUUGUACAGGAAUUCAUGUGAAUCGAUACAAACAGCGUAGAUAUGAGAUCUGAUUUGACUCCCAGAUCGAAUAAAUGGAAUAUCUGAUUAUAGAUAUAUAUAUAUAUAUCUAUAUUUCUAUAUAAAUAUAUAUGAAUAUAAAUACUAUAGAUAGCCUGCAAAUAUAGCAUUAUCCCCUGUGUCAUAUAGUGUAAAUACUGUAGGUGGACCUCCUGUAGAAGACCUCAGUUUGUGUUGGACAUAAUCGCCAAAUUGUCUGAUAGUUAAUGAUCCUCUCUGUGAACUACACACUGCUCUGGUCUACAGUAAGAUCAGUGUGAAAAGCCCUAUGGCAUAUGAUUCUGGUAGCAUGAAUGGGAUGCCAUAAUUAUUUCAGUUAGUCAUAUUUGAUUAUUGCAUUAACACCUUGUGGAAUGCCAAACAGUUUAAUGCAAGUUAAUCUAUCAUCAGCACCUAAGGGUGAAAACCUAGUGUGUGUCAAAUUAUGGCAAUAUCUUCCUUUGGAAAUUUUAAAAAUGUUUGGUAAAACUUUACUUGGGGUGUCCAGUGUUAAUAUUACACUUAGUGUCAACUUAGUCUCACCUUGCUAUGAAUUUAGUAUAGAAAACAAAGCCUAACCUUAGUACAGCUCAUACAAAGUUGAGUAUUUUCAGUGGACAUGUUGAUAUGAAGUGAAGCAUCAACACAAAACUAAUACCAAGCUGAAAUGUUAACACUGGACAGUGCAAAUAAAGUGUGACCAAAUAUUUGUACAGUUGCAACAAAAUGAUAAUAUGACUGUAGUUCCUUGUCAGCUCCUGCAUUAUGAUUAAUUACACUGCACUAAUAUGUGUAGUUAUCAUAUGUGGCUCCUGCGUUGUUUGGAUCGUUAUAGGUCAUGAGGGACAGCAGGUUUAGGUCAAAUAGAUCUUGAUAUUUUACACGCGUUCAACCAUUGAGAGCGAGUGAAACAAUCAUGUAGAGAUAGAUUCAAUAGAUUUAGAUAUAUAUUCUGAAAGUGCAUGGCUGGUACGUGCCAAUGAAAAUCACCCUUUAGACCUUCCGGAUAAUCUGUUACACUUUUAGCCGGCUUAUUCUUUAAGUGUGAUGUUGCGACGCUGUUUGUUUGUUGGUGCCUCGGGCCAAAACAACCACACAAAGAUGUAGCUAAUCGAUUUUGAUAAAGGAAUAAUGUCGGCCUUUUUCCCUCAGCUGGUCAGUUUUCUGACAUGCGUGCUUGGUGCGAGCACACAGCCACUCUCUGAUUCAACAUGACGGAUUGCUCAGACAAUAUUAUGUGAAGGAAUACCAGGAUGUUCCUGUCUGUAAGAAAAGGGAAACAGGCUCACCCUGUCCGUUCUAAUUUUACGGUUGGCUGAGUGGUGUUUGAUGUUUGGGGUGUGUGUGAUGUCAAGGUGCAGGGUUUAUGUGUGUUUGUUGUGCAGCAAAUGUGUGUGCCGCCAUGUUGUGUGUUAGGGCUGCAUGUACAGUGUAUGUUGAGGUAAGGGGUGUAUGCUUCUGUCCAUGUUGCGCAUGGAUGAGUCAUCCUCUGUUGAUUUACAUAUGAUGGCACACUGGCAAGCACUCACAGCUGAGCCUUUUCUUCCUUGUAUACACACACACACUCCCAAGUGAUUAUGAUUUUAAUAUAGAAAAAACUAUCCCACGACUAAAAGAUUCUAAAAAAAAUGUGUUUACUAAGCCUGAGAGGUCAGGACAAAAGUGACGAUGGUGAUUGUAUGGUUGUUUUGUAACGCUGCUUUUUAAUCAUGGUCCAACUUAAAAUGCAAACACCGAAUGAUGGUGAAAGAGAAUCACCACAGACACAUCAGAAUCCUGGGAGGGUCCUGCAUACAUUCGGAAUGGCUGCCAAACGAGUUCAAGAUGGUCAAUAUGUAGCAUCACAUUGUGAAAUGUGAGGUAACAAUAUGACUUUGCUCCUUAUAAAAUGCAGCCCGUGGUCGUAAAUAAUUCGUAACACUUAGCGAAGUGUUAGCUCAUAAAGACAAAGGCGUUAGGUCAUAAAGAUGUCAUUGAGAUUCUUUAGUCUGAUGUCACUUGUUUUAACUUGGACCAUGAUGGUGGUAAUGACGACGGCCUGGCGGCUUUGCUGAGGAAUUUCAUUUUAAUGAUCCGCUCUAUACCUCUCGGCUGCUCAGUCUCCUGCAAGGCAUGCAUUCUGGGUGCUGUCGAUUACUAAAUAUGUCCAAAACAAGUUAUUUACAAAUCCAAAGCAUUUGAGGUAAAAGACCGCAGGUUGACAUAGUGAUAUUAAGCCUUUUUUGUGUGUGAUUGUGUGUGUGUCUGUUUGUGUGCGCGUGCGUGCGUGUGGAAAUUGAACAUCGUUUGGAUAAUAUGGUCUGAAGCUGCAGUUAUGCUCUGAGUGUAAAAACCCCUUUGCCUGCAUGUUCUUGCCUUCACUCAUCAAAGCCAUUGGGCAGAUGCAGCCUUAUGGAAACUGACUCCUAAAGAUGUUUACUUUAUGCCAGUGCCAGCAUAUGACUUAUGUUUUAUAUAUAAUAUUUAUUUAUUUAUGUAUUUAUUUAUGAUAUCUUUAUUUCAUGUCAUUCAUCAUUAUUGAUUCUGUCAUUGGGUAUGGUGGUACUGAGAGAUUAUUUUGCACUAUUAUGUUUUAUGUUUCUACAUGUGUUCUUUCAAAAACUUGUAUUGAAUUGUUGCAGUUCAACCAUGUGCACUGCUGUUUUUGUUUUGUUUUUGUUUUUGUUUUUGUUUUUUUUACUUCUGUUGACAUGUUGAAGCACUGAACAAAUCACUCAAUUUCCCAUGCGCGCAUGUCCAUGUUUUGAGAUGUCAUUUUGGCAAACAUGGAAAUAAUAUCUCAAUGUCAAAAUAUUACCAUUACAAAUGUUUGUGGUGUCCCCUCAUCUGCUGAAAAUUCUGCAGCUCAUCAAAAAACACCAACAACUCUAGAGGGUACAAAAACAAGAUGGAUUUCACACCGUGUGGCGUCAUGCUGGGUGGAAACGCUGCUGAUGAGAGCAUUCUGCAUCUUACAGGGACAUAGUUGGGUUUGGCCUAGCCUCUCUUUAUCACGAGAGAAAAUACGGCGUUGACAGCUACAGGGUGAGGUCACUCUUGGGUGACAAUGACGGUCUUGUAAACUCGCCCACUGGAGGAAAAUUGCAAAACCAUUCCAGAUCAGUGUCCAUAGGCAACUUCAUGUGUCUCUGUGCUGCUGCAGCCACAGGUCAGAGGUCAGGGUUCAGCCCCAUCCUGCGUGUCACUUCCUCAUCGAGAUUUCUGCUUGUAGACUGUAGAAGCCAUAUUGCAUUGUCACUUUGUGUCGUGUGUGC